CCAACACUGUUACAUUUGAAAAUACUGACAUCUGCUGCCAAUCGCAGCAGGCGCGCUUGUACCAUUUUAAUAAUUCGAAAUUAGAUAAAAUUUUUAUUGGACAAGAUGUACAACGACGAGGUGCGAACGCCGCAAGCCCUCAAGAAUCGAUAUUUCACGAAUCUCAGCGGCCUGAAGUGCAGGACGCGCAGGAAUAGCCACACAAACAGCAACAAUUCGACGGCGUCGUCGGCAACGCCAACGAAUGGCGGCAAGGAAAAUGGAAAAUUUAGCCCCCAGAUGUCGGGCAGUGUAUGCACCCCGCCCCCGAAAAGGCUGCACAAGGUGAGAAAUCCCUUUGAGGGAGCAAUGACUGAUCGCUUGCACCUGCCCCUUAUUGCAAGUCCCUCGCUUUUCCGCUCGAGGACUCCCCAACUUUCGUCGACUCAAUUCGAGUGGAACAUAGACGAGGUCUCUCAAUUGAAACCUGCCGAUGUCGAGCCCCACGAAACACAGUUCCACGAUUCUCCUGAUCCUGAGCAGGAAUCUAAAGCCCAGCUGGCCAUCAGUGCCUUCUUCAAGGAAUCACAUAUUGUGCCAAGUCCUGUGGAUUGUCCGUUGAGGAAACACAGAAUAAUACUUAACCAUAACGAGGACAACACCCCCAUAUCGAAUAAGUCGAGGAGAAAGAAGGAUUGCGAGGUGCAAACGGAAUUAACUUUGCCUCCGAUACUGCCAAAAGCUCUGGAGGAUGCGCUGCGUCCGUAUUUCCAGCCACAUUUGGCCGCCCGUCUUUCCGGCAGAACCAAAUCCACAGGUGGUAAUGACAUUUUCAACAGUUCCAUGCGCAGGAAACUCUUUGAUUUGCACAAUGUUGUUGUUUUGGGCGAACAAGAUCCUGGAGAAGAACAGUCAUCGCCCAUGGUGGGUUCUAGUCCGCAGGGUAAGCAAACCAUGUUUGCAGGCAGACUAUCGGACUCUGCUUCCGGAGAAGGAAGCUUUGGUUGUCUUUCACCCAUUAGAAAUCUCUGCGGUCUGCCUCCUGGAACUCCGGAUGAUGGCAAUUGCUCAGAAAAGAGAAAACUUCUAAUGCAGGAGCUGGAACUGCCAUCGCCCAUAGCUCCAUCUGAACACCUUAGUCGAAGAUUGGUGUACUCCAAGGUGGAGGUCAGCGUUACGGAGCAGCAAGACACGCUGUCGGAGCGCACGGCUUUGAGGUUUACGCCUGACAGGAGCUCUUCGCCGAUGGGCGCUUUGGAACACUCGGACUGCAGCAUUAAUCAGCGGGUUAGUCGGCUGCGAGUGAACAGCACACGACAGGUGGUGAUUGAGGCAGUGGAUCAGCCGCUGUUCGAGGAAAGCGAAGAAGAGGAAGAAUCUGAGGAGUACGAAGAGGAGGAAGCCGAGGUCAUGCAACUAUCCACCCUAAGCUUUAACUGCAGUUCCUCCAAUUCAGAUACUCCGCGCGGACAUAAAAGACAUAGGUCGGCACAACGCAAGAACCUCUCGCAGUCAUUUAGUGCCAAUAUGGAGGAGGAAGGGGAGCAAGAGAACGAUCAGGGUUCUAUCCAGCCGGCAGAGCCACCUUUGGUUGUAAUGCCACAGCAAGGACCAAGGAUUCCGCUUUAUCGUGCCGACAGCGGCUUCAACGAGACUUCUAGCACCUCGACCUUUGCCUGCUCGCAGGAUCUGCCUCUGGAUGUCUCCAUGGUCUGCUGCUCAACACCCUCGACCCGAUCUUGACCUCUGCAAAGCGCUAUUCUAAGUUGUAGGCCCUAGUUUAGUAGGCUUUUAAUGCAAUAACUCCUUUUCCCAGGCUACAGAGAGGAAGACUCGUUUUUUAACUGCAAUGUACACCCACCGUUUAUAUAUUUUGUAUUCGUAACUCGUUGUUCUUAGUGAAAAUUGGCCAAAUAGUUAGUAAGCUGAGUGUUUUGUCAUUUCAUUAAUUCAUUGUCAUUAUUUUAUUUAGGGAACUUAAUAAAAAUCUUUCGAUGCCAUAUUUAGUUCAAUAGAUAAAAACUACGAAA